CUGACUCUGAAGGGACCCAAGAUGGCUGAAUACUCACGGGGGGCACUUAGCAGUUAUCUGAGCAAGACGUCGAGAAUGAAUGGCGAAUAGCAGUAUAAUGUGAACCGUAACCUCGAAGUAAAUACACGACUCCAGUUUGUUGGUUUGCAUUGUUUUUGGGAUGCAUGAAUAAGACUAAGGAGAGAGUGGUCUCUCCGCGGCCCCGAGCCAGAACAUGGCGGAACACUUGGGGAAGAAAUAGCAGCUAAAGCUAGGUAGCUGACGUAUUAUUUAAAGAUAAUAGCAACAUUAUUCCAGGGCCGAAAACGUUGUCUGUCGAUCGCAAGUGUGGAAUAAUGUUAUCGGUGCACCACUCUUGUAAAUUUGCCUAAAAAUAUAGCGAGAGUUUGGAUAUGUGACGCUUAGACAGUUAGCUUGCCGCUAGCUGGUUGGCUCGUUGGGUUCGAACGUAUUUGGCUUGCGUACAGACUGUACUAACAAGCCGUGAGACUGUUAAACUAACCAAAUGCUCCCAACACUCGGACUUAUUAUGUACAGUCCUCCCUCAGCUGUACGCAGCAACUUUGCGAUGUCUGUCAGCGCUUGUUUUGUCGCGUUCUCCGCUCUGUAAAUUAGGCUAGCAUUAGCUUGCUACAAUGAGCUGUACGCGAAUUCUGCGUGGCGCUUUGCUUACAUUGCCGUGUAGUUAAGUGUCGAGGCAGCUCGUAAUAAACUGCUGAACCUACUGGAUGCACAUCUAGAGGUUCCGAUUUUAAGCUUAUUCAAAGAGUUGUUAUUCUCCAGAUGUAAACUCCACACCUGAUAAGAAAAAGUUAAGUCAAUACAGGACAAGUGACCAGGUGUAAAUUGUCGCUUGUAGCGUUACUGGGUGAGGAGGGCACAGUGGUAGAGGGGGAAACUGGUUGAAAGCACCUGCCAGGAUGACGGACACUCGUCGACGAGUCAAAGUCUACACCCUCAAUGAGGACAGACAGUGGGAUGACCGUGGGACAGGGCACGUCUCCUCAGGCUAUGUGGAGCGCCUAAAAGGCACGUCUCUACUGGUGCGAGCAGAGAGUGAUGGUUCCCUACUGCUUGAGUCCAAGAUCAACCCAAACACCGCCUACCAGAAACAACAGGAUACGUUGAUAGUCUGGUCGGAAGCUGAAAACUAUGAUCUGGCGCUCAGCUUCCAGGAGAAGGCUGGCUGUGAUGAAAUCUGGGAAAAAAUAUGCCAGGUGCAGGGAAAGGACCCUUCGGUGGACAUCACUCAGGAUGUUGUGGACGAGUCUGAGGAGGAGCGCUUUGAUGACAUGUCAUCACCCGGUCUGGAGUUACCGCCAUGUGAACUGAAUCGCUUAGAGGAUCUGGCAGAGCUGGUGGCCUCUUCACUCCCAUCACCGCUGCGUCGUGAGAAACUUGCACUGGCAGUGGAGAACGAAGGCUAUAUCCGCAAGCUCCUGGAACUGUUUCGAGUCUGCGAGGAUUUGGAGAACAGAGAGGGACUACACCACCUGUACGAGAUAAUUAAAGGCAUCUUCCUGCUGAAUCGUACUGCACUGUUUGAGGUUAUGUUCUCUGACGAGUGCAUCAUGGACAUCAUCGGCUGUCUGGAGUUUGAUCCAGCGCUCCCUCAGCCACGGCGGCAUCGGGAGUUUCUCACUAAGACAGCACGCUUUAAGGAGGUGAUCCCCAUUUCUGACCCUGAACUGCGUCAGAAAAUACACCAGACGUACCGGGUGCAGUAUAUUCAGGAUAUGGUGCUGCCCACACCCUCUGUUUUCGAGGAGAACAUGCUGUCCACCCUGCACUCCUUCAUCUUUUUCAACAAGGUGGAGAUUGUGGGCAUGCUACAGGAUGAUGAAAAGUUCCUGACAGACCUCUUUGCACAGUUAACAGAUGAGGCUACAGAGGAUGACAAAAGGCAUGAACUGGUUAACUUCCUAAAAGAAUUCUGUGCAUUCUCACAAACGUUACAACCUCAAAACAGAGACGCCUUCUUCAAGACAUUGUCAAACAUGGGCAUUCUACCUGCACUGGAGGUCAUACUGGGAAUGGAUGAUGUUCAGGUGCGAGGGGCAGCCACAGAUAUCUUCUCCUAUCUGGUGGAGUACAACCCCUCCAUGGUACGAGAGUUUGUCAUGCAGGAAUCUCAGCAGAAUGACGACGACAUCCUCUUGAUCAACCUGAUCAUCGAGCACAUGAUCUGUGACACAGACCCAGAGCUUGGUGGAGCAGUGCAGCUAAUGGGGCUGCUGCGGACCCUCGUGGAUCCAGAGAACAUGUUGGCUACUGCAAAUAAAACAGAAAAGACUGAGUUCCUGAGCUUCUUUUACAAGCACUGUAUGCACGUCCUGUCAGCUCCACUACUGGCGAACACCACAGAAGAAAAACCUAGCAAAGAUGAUUUUCAGACAUCGCAGUUGCUGGCAUUGAUUUUGGAGCUGCUUACGUUCUGUGUUGAGCAUCACACGUAUCACAUCAAAAACUACAUCAUCAACAAAGAUAUUCUCAGGAGGGUACUGGUGCUCACUGCCUCUCAGCAUGCCUUCCUGGCACUAUGUGCCCUGCGCUUCAUGCGGAGGAUUAUUGGACUGAAGGAUGAAUUCUACAAUCGCUACAUCAUGAGGAACUUCCUCUUUGAGCCCGUCAUCAAAGCCUUUCUUAAUAACGGCUCGCGCUACAAUCUCAUGAACUCAGCCAUUAUUGAGAUGUUCGAGUACGUCCGUGUGGAGGAUGUGAAGUCUCUCACAGCUCACAUAGUGGAGAACUACUGGAAGGCCCUGGAGGACGUGGACUACGUCCAGACAUUCAAAGGCCUGAAGCUCAGAUAUGAGCAGCAGCGGGAGAGGCAAGACAACCCCAAGCUGGACAGCAUGCGCUCCAUUCUGAGGAAUCACCGCUUCCGUCGGGACGCUCGGACGCUGGAGGAUGAAGAGGAGAUGUGGUUCAACACAGACGAAGACGACCUUGAGGACGGUGAAGCAGUGGUUCCUCCCUCUGAUAAGAUGAAGAGCGAGGAAGACCUCAUGGAGCCCAUCAGCAAGUUCAUGGAGAGAAAGAAAUUGAAAGACUCGGCAGAGGACAAAGAAGUGUUGGGCAAGUCGAGCCUGUCGGGCAGGCAGAAUCCCAGCUUCAAGCUUUCUUUCUCCGGUUCAACUAAAACCGGCCUCUCCAGUCCUCCCUCGUCUGCCUCGUUAAACCCGGGCUCUCCGGGAUCGCCGGGCUCUCCGGGCUCGGGCGCACGGAGCUCACCCUCCGCCACGGCUGUCACCACAAAGGGUGGUUUAGUGGGCCUGGUGGAUUACCCAGACGACGACGACGAAGAGGAUGACGAGGAAGACGACGGGGAAAGUAAAGAGGACCCUCUGCCACCCUCGAAGAAGUCCAAGCUGAGCUCCUAAAAGAAACAAUGCCGUCUCGGCUCGUGCCCUGCUCAGUUUCAGCGCUGAGACUUAACAAAGGAAUGAUCGAACUUGUAAACAAACCUGAUGAAUGAAAUCGCCCCUCGCUGUCAGCGGGUGGCCAAAACAAGGAGCCGACUGGGAGCGGAUACAAAAGCCUCCUCAGACUCGCCCAAUUCAUACAAGUGCCAAUCCAGACCAGGAGCGACAGCGCCACAAGAUGACUGAAAGUUGGGGGGGGGAAAGAGAUUUCACUGGGGGGAGGAAAAAAAAGCUCCUCGGCGAACUCGGACCGUGUCAGAUGCGCUGGAGUACGGUGGAGGAAGAGACCACAUCCUAAAAACACGUACGCGCAGACUGAAAUCCCAGAGAGCUCACGGGCUCGGACCAUAACCCACUGCCCCCCUCCUCCUCCUCGCCCCACCGACCCCCCCUCCACCCACCCCCCACUCAGGGAAAGGACAUCGCAGCGGCCCACGCGGGUCGGCCAAUUCAGACCCAGAACCACCACUCACUCCCCCUCCCCCCAACCCCCUCCUCCUCCCCCUCAGAAUCCACUUCCUGUUCCUUUCUUCUUCUUUUCUCGGCCCCUCCUCCCCCCGUUGCUUUCUGUCCCUGUUUAAGUUAGUAUAUAGGACCAGAUGGGAGGCAGCAUGUUGCAAAGAGCUGUCCUUGUUGUUCUUUGAUGAUGUCAUCAGUGUCGUUCUUUCUCUGAAGAGAAAAAAAAAAGCCAGCAGUUUCUUCAUUGUUUUCUUUGUUUUGUUCUCGGAAUUGUCUCAAAUCUUUCUCCUGUUUUUUUUGUAAAUGACAACAAAAAAGACCUGCCUUUAAAUGUUCAGGACGUUUUCAGUCACACUUGAACAGGUUUUUAAAGACCUCAGUAGGUGAGCUAGUUUUACCCUUUUUGCCCUUUGAAACUGCAGAUUUUUUGGAGAAUUUGUAAUCCCGUCUUGAUUAAAGAUUGAGUGGAAUUCUA